UGUCACCGUAGACAGUGAUAUAAUAAUGCUUCUAGGAGACUAAUGUAAAACAUAUUUAUAGAUGCCUCAAAGAAAAGUUUAUAAAGCCAAAAAGAGAGGACUGUUUUGAUGGGGAUCUCACUUUCACAACUAUAUAUCUCACGCAAACUUAAUUUAUGGAUUAUGGAUGUAUUUGUUGUUUCGAUAUGAAUAAACGUGAAUUUGAACUACAGAUGAUUUGAGAAAUUUCGAAGGUUAUUUUACUGUGACAUUAAUUAAAAUGCAGGAAGUGACAUUACCCCUAACCAAUCAGAGAGAUUUGCCGCUAGGCGGCGAGAAAAGUAUGGCGGAAAAGCAGAAGUUUGGUUACGAACAAACCUUACUGUAUGGUAGGUAUUCAAGAGAAUUAGGUUCAUUUGCUAAAUUUCAAGCAAAGAGAUUAAAAAAAGAGGCCAAACAACAGAUUGAUAAUAAACCACCCACUGGAAUAUGGAAAGUCUUAGCGGGAUGUGUACGGGCAAGGAAUUUUGUGUUUUCCAAGAUUGGAGAAGAUUGGUUAUUUCUGGCUCUGCUUGGUAUAUUGAUGGCAUUACUUAGUUUUAGUAUGGAUUUUAUUAUAGAAAAGUGUCAAGAAGCUAAAUUUUGGUUAUAUCAAGAAUUGGCAUUUUCUGUUACAUUACAGUACUUUGCAUGGAUGUCGUAUUCUGUGUUAUUUAUAUUAUUUGCCACAGGUUUUACACAUCUUGUUUCACCACAAGCUAUAGGAUCUGGUAUCCCUGAAAUGAAAACUAUUUUACGUGGAGUAAUAUUAAAGGAGUAUUUGACAUUCCGCACUCUCAUAGCUAAAGUAGUUGGCCUGUGUGCCUCACUAGGCAGUACGCUGCCACUUGGAAAAGAGGGACCAUUUGUACAUAUUGCCAGUAUCGUAGCUACAUUACUUAGUAAAUUACUUACAUCAUUUAGAGGUAUAUAUGAGAAUGAAUCUCGAAGAUCAGAAAUGUUAGCUGCAGCAUGUGCUGUGGGUGUGGCUGGAACAUUUGCUGCUCCUAUUGGUGGUGUAUUAUUCAGUAUAGAGGUAACAGCUACAUAUUUUGCUGUACGUAAUUAUUGGAGAGGUUUUUUCUCAGCUGUAUGUGGAGCGUUAGUAUUUCGUCUUCUUGCUCUCUGGUUUAAAGAUGAAGAAACAAUCACUGCACUGUUUAGAACCAGUUUACGCACCGAGUUCCCUUUUGAUCCUUUAGAAUUGAUAGCUUUUGCUGCCAUAGGUGUUGCCUGUGGUUUUGGUGGAGCUCUGUUUAUUGUAACACAUCGAAAAGUUGUUUUAUUUACUCGUAAAAGAAAAAGAUUAUCUACAUUUUUACAGAAAAAUCGUUUUAUAUAUCCUGGUUUUAUUGCCUUAUUGAUAUCUACUCUUACAUUCCCUCCUGGUUUCGGACAGUUUUUUGCUGGACAGUUAACUGGCCGACAGGCUGUAAAUGAAUUAUUUAGUAAUAUAACUUGGACAACAGGACAAGCUGAUGAUUUAGAUGAUGAAGCUAUAUUAAGUCAUUGGCAUCAUCCACUUACUAAUAUGUAUGUGACUUUGGUAUUUUUUAUUAUCAUGACUUUUAUAAAUGGUGUGUUAGCUAAUACAUUACCAAUUCCUGCUGGUAUAUUUGUACCAGUUUUUACUGUUGGUGCUGCAUUUGGUCGUUUGGUUGGAGAAAGCAUGGCAGCAUGGUUUCCAGCAGGCAUAAGAUCUGGGGAUAUUGUAAGAAAAAUUGUUCCUGGUGGUUACGCAGUUGUGGGUGCUGCAUCAUUGUCUGGUAGUGUUACACGGACUAUAUCAACAUCUGUUAUUGUAUUUGAAUUAACAGGACAGAUCAGUCAUGUUUUACCUGCUGUUAUAUCGGUGUUAAUAGCUAAUGCCGUAGCUAAUAAAUUACAGCCAUCAUUCUAUGAUAGUAUUAUACAGUUAAAACGUCUACCAUAUUUACCAGAUAUUGUUUCUACUGGAGCUAAUACCUGGAAAGUAUUUGUAGAAGAUUUUAUGGUUAAUGAGGCUAAAUUUAUAAGUUUUGAUUUUACAUAUGGUGAACUACAUGAUCUAUUGAUGUCUACAUAUUUUAAAGCUUAUCCAUUAGUUGAUUCUUCAGACUCGAUGAUAUUACUUGGUUCGAUACAAAGAUACGAAUUGGAAAGAAUUCUCUGGCUUCAUUUAAGUCAUGACAGAAAAGUGAUGUUAUCUGAUUCUAAUGAUGAUCAUGGUCCACCAUCAGGUAGGGCCUCUCCAUUUGAUUUUGGGAAUCCCCCAAGUCCUAUCACCGAGGAAUCAGAGACCACUUUAUCAACUGUGCGCCCAAGAUUUCUGGUCACUAAAGUGGAUGAAGAAAAUGAAGAAGCUCCACCAUCUCCAGUUGCUUGUAACAAUAAUAUACAAAUGAAUUUAUUGAAAGUGCCAUCUAAUGAUUCACUAGAUGGUAGUGAAAGUUCCGCUGAUAAUUAUAAUACUCUACAACUACCAGUUAGAUCUAUACUCAAAAAAAGUAAUUCUAACAACGAUUUAAUGAAGAGAAGGGCGAGUACUGGAGAUUUAAAAGCUGCUAUGGAUUUAGAUAAAUAUUAUAAGAAAUUAUCUAAAACAAGGAAAGAAAGUAUAGUAGAAGAUAGACCAUAUAUAAUUAAGAAAGGUAGUUUGGCUAGUUUAUGUAAGAAAGUAAGAUUGCCACAAGAACCUAUUCGUGUUAAACAUUUAACAAAGGAAGAGCAAGAUAGAUGGGAAUACAGUCAAUUGUUGGUACCUAUCCAGUGGGAAGGUGUACAGAUAGAUCCAGCUCCAUUUCAACUAGUAGAGAGAACAUCAUUACAUAAGGUUCAUUCAUUAUUUUCUCUACUUGGAUUAAAUCAUGCUUAUGUUACUAAUACUGGUAGAUUAGUAGGCGUGGUUGGGGUUAAAGAGUUACGAGCUGCAGUACAAGGUCAUUUAGAUAAACAAGGUACCGAUGCUACAGAAGAUAGUGAUGUUGAUGAUAUGAUAGAUCCAGCACAACUUGAAGUUGAAAGUAAAGGCCCACCAAGUGAUGGUUUUACUCUAGUAGAUACAACUAAAAAUCAUGAUCUAGAUUCAGCAGCAUAAUACUUUAAAACAUUCAAUUAUUGUGCCUUAAAUAGGUCACAUAUUAUGCUUAAAUCUUCUUGCUCAUUUCUAAUUGGUCAUGUUGUUUUUAUGUACCUGUAAUAGCGUGGUAGAUAGGUGAUUAUAAUGUCAGAAGGGUCAAAUUUAUACAAGCAUUUAUUUACCUGGUAUCAUCAAGAUUAAACAAGAAUAUUAUAGAAUAAAAUUUGAAUAAAGAUAUAGCGUCAUAUUGGUCAUUAAAAUGACACAUUUAACUGUAAAUAGUUUGCUACAAAUAUGAUUUCCUGGUAGAUAUGUCAUUGAGAAAGAAAACCAGCAAUGGUUGCAUCUCAUUUUACAAGCUGAUCUGAUACGUUAAAACAAGCUAUUGAAUUACAAUUUAUAUAUUAAUUUCAUUCUGUAUGUAUCUCUAAUUUUAAACUGCGUAUGUUAUUAUUUGUAUUAGAAAUGUUGUUUUCAUGUAUAAAAUAAUUUUAUAUGAAGCAUAAUUAUAUAGUUUACAUUUGUAUAUAAAUUUGUAUAAUGAAUCAAGUUAUAAAUACAAUGUAUGUAUAAAGAAUUGAGUUAAGUUUUGUAAAUAUAGACUUGUACUUAUUUCACUGACAUCGAAUUUCACUUUUUUGUCAACUAUUGAUGUAUUUGUGACCAGUUCUGGCUAAAUCACAACUAUGUAUAAGUUUAAAUUUUGUAUUCAAAAACCUUUAAAUUGAUAUCAGAGAUAUAUAAUUAUCUAAACAAAUAAUGGAUAAAAUUAAUAUAGACUUCCAAGUCAGAAAGUAAUUUCCUGAAAAAAAGUGACUGCAACUGCAAAUAACUGACACAAACACACCAAAUUUACAUAACAGCCUACCAUGAAAAAUUUCACCAAUUUCCAAUAAAAUUACUCCAGACGGAAAAAAAUAAAGUAAUGAACUCAAAAUCAGUAAAAGUAUCAUAUUUACAUUAGAUAUCUGAAAUAAGUGGCCUUAUUUAACCAGAGCUCUUCAUAUUUGAUAUCAAAAAGACAUGUAUGAUCUUUUUAACUCCCAAUAUUUUUACAAUGGAAUGAAAAAAAGGAAAGAAUGAGCAAAAGUGAACAAUGAAAACUGAUAUUUGGUGAUAAUAAAAUAUGUUUAUAGUUUUUGUUGAAUUUUAACUGCUGUUAUGUAUAUAGAUAUGUUUCUAGUCUGUUAUUUAGUCUACGUAAGUUAUUGAUGAAAACCAUCAAACCAAUAAUAUAUCUGGUGAUUAAAACCACAAAAUACAAAUAAUGUAUUCUAUUGUAUUUACUCCACUGUAAUUAUUCUUUAUAUAAUAAUAAUCGCAUAUCCUUCAUGGUUCUUAUUCUGGGCAUGUUUCUUUAGAAUCCCUGAUACUACAUCUCAACAUAUUUAAAUUCAAAUAAUUAACACAUGCUCAGAACAUGAGGCAUUAAACAAUUUUUUUUUUUUUAAUUGUUAACAUUAAAUAAUGGUGACGGUAUCAAAUUACAAUAUUAUUUAUUAUUUUUUUUUAGUUCAAAUGCUCAUUAAGAUAUAUUUACUGUAUAUUAAGUACUAUUGUUACUCAUGUUAGUCGUCCUGUUUAGAUGUAAAUCAUAUGUAAAUAAUGUAAAGAAAAAUAAUAAUAUGAAUUGCAAUCAGUUUUUUAUAAUAUGUAAUAUUUUUCUUAUAUUAAAUAUGUUUAUUUUUGUCUCAUGGAUAUAACUAUAGUAUACACACUAUGCAUUUAUAUAUUUAUUCAUGUGAUAUCUAAUAAUUUACAAUAUUUGCUUCAUAAUGUAAAUUCUUUUGAAAACAAGUGUGCCUUGUUUAAUUCAACAUGGAUUAUGUUGCUCAAAACAGUUAAUUUUUGAAAUGGAUCUGCAGAUUAGUCUCAAAAUUUACACACAAUCUGAUUUGAAGGUCCUAGUUAAUAGAUUAAGGGUUAUUAAAGUGAUAGGGCCACUUUUGAAUUAUAUAUGUACGAAACAAAAUCUAUUAAUAAAACAUUGCCAUUUAAUGUCACAUAAUUAUUAUGGUGCUUUUAUUAAAUGUUAUUCAUAGUAGUUUGUAUGUAGUCAGGUCAACGAAUACUAGACAGUUACCAUAGAUUAAGAAAUUGUCUCGUAUAUUAAAUUUGUUCUCUAUUAAUGUGUGUAUUUUCAUAUUUAUCACAUAAUUUGUGGUUAUAUGUUGAUUGUAUAUUGGUAUCACUCUGACUACUAUAAAUUGAACAGCCAGAAUUGAAUUACAUGUAUCUCAAAACCACCACAGAUGAAAUGUGUUCAUGGUGUUUAUUAUGUCACCUUUCUUCUCAUACAUCGUGACAGAAUUGUGUUUCAAAUAAAUUCUGGGUUGUUCAAUUGUCGUUUUGUUUCAUACUCACGGUCAAACAUCCAAAAUAAUAGUUUAUAUUUUAUAUGAUUUAAUACUUUCAUAUACAUUCAUUCCAAAGGUUAACAUCACUAAAUGAUUAAAGGGUGGUCAGAUGAAUCCUCUUAAUCCUUCACAAUUUGAUUUGUAUUUUAUAUUGUCUUUUUUAUCAUGUGCUGUUUGAUUUUAGAUUCUGUUUGUUUUAUUUCAUAAAUUAAUCAAAUUCAGAAAUACUUAUUAUGUAUACCUACAUAGCUGAGCACAUAAAUAUUGCUUCCAAUUCAUGGUAUACAUGUAAGUUCAGUUUUGAUGACGGGUUACAAAUCAAGGGGGAAUGAAAAGUAGAUAGUCUAUCAAUUUGUUAUUAAAGUUUAGUCAAUAUGGAUAUGGUGAAAUUGCAUGUUAUAAUCAAACAAAGAGCCUGUAUCUGUGACGAGUAGGAAGAAACACAACACACUGAAUGGGCAAAAUCCUCCUUAAUUAGCAAUUGUCAAUAGAAUAUAGAACCAUUCAUUCUUUACUGUACUUAACAGAGAACACUUUACCACAUGUACUUGAUGUUCUGAGUAAUUAUUAUAACUCUGAGAAAACGAAUCUGCUUAUAGCAACUAAUUCAAAUGUUAUUGUUAAAUAGUAUAAAAAUACCUUAGCACAAUAUGUUAUCAAAGAUAAUUUGUUGUUAUAUACAUUUCUUGAUAUUAAAAAUAUAUAUUUUCUUAGAA